GGCGGAGGGAGGGAGGGAGCUCUUAAAAGGGCCCGAGCGGCUGGGUCCGCAAACAGGCGCUCCAGUUCCGGCCUCGUCUUCUUCUUCUUUUUCCCCGUAGAGACGCACACGUGCUUUGGGCAAGGAGCGCGCUGACGCCUGGCGUCCGUCCCCAGCCCUGCUGCUUCGCCUCCGCCGCUCGCAAUGUUGGGGCUCAGCUCGGCUCGCCGCCUGAUGCUGCUCUUGGUGCAGCCUCAGCCGGGCCGCGCCGCCGGGGAGCUGCUGCUGCUGCAGAUGUCCUCCGAGCGCGCCCUGAGCCGCGCCUGCAGCGGCCAGAGGCGGGACGGCGACGGCGACAACCCUUUGGUUUACCUGGACGUGGGAGCGGACAACCAGCCCCUGGGUCGGGUCGUGUUGGAGCUGAAGGCUGAUGUGGUGCCAAAGACUGCAGAAAAUUUUAGAGCUCUCUGCACUGGAGAAAAGGGUUUUGGAUACAAAGGAUCCUCCUUCCAUAGAGUGAUACCUUCUUUCAUGUGUCAGGGUGGUGAUUUUACUAAUCACAAUGGCACAGGAGGCAAAUCUAUAUAUGGCAGUCGAUUUCCUGAUGAAAAUUUCAUCCUUAAACAUGUUGGACCAGGUGUUCUCUCAAUGGCCAAUGCUGGGCCCAACACCAAUGGAUCUCAGUUCUUCAUUUGCACGGCCAAAACGGAUUGGCUGGAUGGAAAGCAUGUUGUGUUUGGCCAUGUGAAGGAAGGACUGGAUGUUGUGAAAAAAAUUGAAACCUUUGGCUCCAAGAGUGGAAAGCCUUCAAAGAAGAUAGUAAUUACCGACUGUGGUCAGCUGUCAUAAUUCAAGGCCUCUCUGGUGAUCCAUACAAAUCAUUACUUGCACAUUUCUCAUCUGGAUUUGGACUUAUAAGAAAACUAAACUGUGCUGAGCCAUGAUCAGACACAAGUGUAUGAAGAAUUCCAGUUUUUAAAAUCCACCUGAACCAUUUUCAGUUUUUUAAAAAAGUUUUUGACAUAGUACUACUAUGAUACUACUUUUGAUAUGUGUUGAUCUAAGUGGAGAUUGUAUCUUAUUCUUGAUAACGGAAAUGCAAGAACAAAGGCUGUUCGCAAAGGCUUGCUGGAAAACCUCAGAAAUAGCAUAUAAUGUGAACUGUGAAUCUUACAGAAAUGUGAACAGUGAGUUGUAAGAAUCCUAAUUAGUGUUUUCCAAACAAAUAAUUUGAAAAUAUGUAAUCUAAUUGAACUGGUACUUGAACUGUCCUAUUUCAAGUGAAUGUAUUAACUCAUAUGUAAUACUUGACACAUAUCUAGCCUCCUUCGAUGGAUAUGUCAAACAUGGGUAGCUAAGUGUUUAACUGCUGAGAUGGAUUGUUUCAUUUUAAUUGGCAUGACUCUUCCUCUUCCCCCCACCCUCAAAUAGUUUUUGAGAUUAAGGUGAUAAUCAUUUCAUCUUAUAGAUCCUGAAGCUCCUGCCCCCCCCCCGCCCAAAGUGUUUCUCUAUGGGCAGAGGGAAUGACUGAGCAUUAAUCCAUUUUUUUUAUGGUAUAGUUAAGUUCUCUCUCUCUCUCAGGAUAUGUGACCACAUAACCAGUAGCAUUGUCAUUAAUUUCAGGUAUGUAAGAGUGAGUUCAGAAUUCACUACAAGCCCACAGUGAUGGAAUUAUGAUUAAUGGUACAGAGCAAGGAAGGAUGGCUGAAACAUCCUGAUAUUAUCAGUGCUUACAAAUAAGGCUUGCUGAUGAUCUAUGAAUUGUUGAUGAUCUCUGAAGUAGCCUAAUAAGAUCCUGGUGCUGCAGCUGCUAGCUGCCUGUGCAUUUUGUUACAGGGCAAAAAUAAACUGGAAACCUUACAAGACUGUUUUAAGGCCACAGCAGAGCUACCAUUUAAUUUUUAAUCUAGAUUAUGAAGAUUAAAGUAGACGCACCGGAGUGUAUGGUGCAAUAAACAUUUAAAAUGUGAAGGCCAUUUUAACGUGUGAGUUUAUAUUUGUAUAACACAUGACACCACUGCAGGUUUACAAUGCUACAUUUGGCAUUAGACCUAUGCAUGUGAUGUGGAAGGCUAAGUAUAAUUUAAAAAACAAAUGUGAUACUGCUCUAGUCAAUUGUUCUUGCAUUCUUUGAAAUAUUUUUGAAAUGAUUAAUUUGUUUGACUUACGUUUAGUAUUAAUAAAUGGUAUUUUUGUUGCAUAUUUUUUUUGUAUAUUUAAGAUAAUUAAAUCCCUUUUGUAAAAAAUGAUGGCUCAUUUCU